AUGCGUUCACACGUUGUGCUCCUGCUCGGCCUUGCCAGCGCCGCCCUCGGCCAAGUUACCCUCCAGCCCUCCACCAUCCGCACCGGCCGGCCGGGUCUCCCCACCAUCACGGUGACAGCCACCGAAACCAAGACCCUCACCGAGACAGAGACGGAAACCCUCACCGAAACCGAAAGCUACACCACCGAAGUGACCACCACCGCCACGGCCACAGUUACCGAGACGGAACCCUGCACGCCCGUCAGCUGCCCGACGCUGACCCGCACCGCGACGGCCUGCGCGACCUGCCUGGUGCCGCAGUGCACCAAGACGGUGUCGGUCGAGCAGCCGAAGGGGUGUGCCACGCUGCCGACGGCUACGGUGUCGUUCCCGUGCAGCGACCCGAACUCGUGUGGGAAGAUUGGGUGCACGACUGUGUAUGCUAUCAAGACGGCUAGCUAA